AUGGGCGUGGAUACGAUGAAUGUUAAAUACUUGGAGAAUUCAAUGCGGGUGUAUCUUGAGAAUCAGACGAAAUUUUCUGACUGUAGCGCUGACGAGUGUGAGAAAGGUCCGAGCGAGAACGAAUACAAGUACAUUCUGCCGGGAAAGGUGGUGCCACACUCGUUUCGAGCUCGCCUACACACACUUAAUGGCAUAGGUCGACUGUAUGUCGUGAUGGAGAAGUCUGAAGAAUUGCAGGAGACAACGGUCCAAAAGUUGCGCAUAGGUUUCGAUUGA